CAACUUAUAAUCACAAGGGACAGAUUAAAAAGAAAGGCCAUUAUUACAAACCUAGAGAUAGACUGGUUAAAUUACAAAACAACGAGAAACAAAGUUAAUAUUCAGCUAAGAAAUGGUAAAAAAAAUUAUUACUCCAUUAAAAUUUCUGAUCAAAAAUGCAACCCUAAAGAGGCUUGGAAAACUAUAAACGAUAUACUAGGUAGGCAAAGCAAACCAACAGUAGUAAAUGAGUUAAAAUUAGGUGAAAAUAGUUUGACAAAUACCAAAGAUAUUGCGGAGGGCUUUAAUAAUUAUUUUUCAAAUAUUGGCCCUGAUCUAGCUAGCAAAAUUGAUACUCCAAAUUCGAACUUUCAAACAUAUAUUGAAAAGGCUAAAUCAGAAUUCAGUGCAUUCCAGCCAGUCACUGUCAGCAAUGUCUACCAUCUUUUACAUGGUCUUUCUAGCAACAAAGCCACCGGCGUUGAUAAGAUCUCCAGUAAAAUUAUUAAAAUAGCUGCACCUGCUAUUUCAGAUUCACUCACAUAUAUUUUCAAUCAAGCUAUUAUCCUAUCCCUUUUCCCUCAUGAAUGGAAAACGGCUAGAGUAAUACCUCUCCAUAAAAAUGGCCAACGAAACCUGCCAGGAAAUUACAGACCAAUUUCAGUUCUGCCUGUCAUUAGCAAAAUUAUGGAACGAAUUCUGUACGAUCAGCUAUACAAUUAUUUAACCAAAUUUGACCUUCUGAGUGACUGUCAAUUCGGUUUUCGUAAAUUUCACUCUACAGCUACAGCAUUACUUGACUGUACAAAUGAUUGGUAUAUGAAUUUAGACCGCAAAACGUUUAACCUGGUAGUCUUAAUUGACUUAAAAAAAGCAUUUGAUACUGUCGACCAUCAAAUAUUAUUGAAAAAAUUAGAGCUUUAUGGAAUAAAAGGACAAGCUCUGUCUUUUCUAGAAUCAUAUCUCUCAAAUAGAAACCAAAAAUGCCAAAUACAAGGAUCUGUUUCAUCAGAGAAAUUGAUCAAAUGUGGUGUACCACAAGGCUCUAUUUUAGGGCCCCUAUUUUUUCUGUUAUAUAUUAACGAUUUGCCUCAAUGCCUGGAUAAAACGAAACCUCGGUUGUUCGCUGACGAUACGAACCUGACAGUUUCUGGAGACUCUAUUACUGAUCUUGAAACUGCAGUGAAUUCUGAUUUGGAAAAACUUAGGAAAUGGCUAAUUGCAAAUAAACUUAGUCUAAAUGUUGCUAAGACUGAGUUUAUGUCAAUUGGUUCAAAACAAAUGAUAAAAAAUAUUUCAAAUUUGCAACUAAAUGUGAAAAUUGAAAACGAGUCAAUUAUGAAUUCAAAACUCUUGGAGUGA